AAGGAGGAGGAGGAGGAGGAGGAGGAGGAGGAGGAGGAGGAGGAGGAGGAGGAGGAGGACCGUCGAAACGUCUUUUAUGGGUUUAUGAACCGGUUUCCAGUUGUUUUAACGUUUCGACGUGAAGUCUGAAACUGACUGACUUUCAUCUGUGGCCCAGUCGGGCUGCAGCUCGCUGCUGACGAUGGUGAAGGUGUUUCGCUGUCCGGCCCGUCACGGCUACGCUGUGGAAGUGUCUCCGUUCAUCCCCAACAGAGUGGCCUGUGCUGCCUCCCAGUACUAUGGCAUAGCUGGCGGUGGCACGCUCCUGGUCCUGGAGGAGACGGAGACAGGGGUUGCUCUAGUGAGAAGCUGGGAGUGGGGUGACGGCCUGUUCGACGUGGCAUGGAGUGAAGCAAACGAGCAUGUCAUGGUCGCCGGGGGCGGGGACGGCAGCCUGCAGCUGUGGGACACAGCCAAUCACAAUGCUCCGCUGAGGGUGGCCAAAGAACACACACAAGAGGUGUAUGCUGUAGACUGGAGUCAAACCAGAGGAGAGAACCUCAUCGUCUCUGGAUCGUGGGAUCACACCGCUAAAGUGUGGGACCCCACUCUCAGCCAAUCGCUGACCACACUCAGGGGUCACGAAGGGGUCAUCUACAGCACCAUUUGGUCGCCUCACAUCCCAGGAUGCUUUGCUUCAGCCUCAGGUGACGGGACGCUCAGAGUUUGGGAUGUGAAGGGCGCUGCAUGUCGAUUGGUCAUCCCAGCGCACAAGGCUGAGAUCCUUAGCUGCGAUUGGUGCAAGUAUGACCAGAAUAUUGUGGCCACAGGCUCAGUAGACUGCAGUGUGUGUGUGUGGGACCUGAGGAACGUCCGACAGCCUGUCAAUCAGCUGCAAGGCCACACCUACGCCAUCCGCAGAGUCAAGUUUUCUCCGUUCAGUAAGACUUUGUUGGCGUCCUGCUCAUAUGACUUUACUGUCAGGUUCUGGGAUUACAGUAGGAACCAGCCUCUUCUGGAUACUGUGGAACAUCACUCAGAGUUUGUUUGUGGACUAGACUUCAACCUGCAUAUCCCCAACCAGUCGGUGUCUCUCUCACACCAUAUGGCCCCUCCCCCCUCGCCCCAGAGAAGAACAUCCAAAGCACGGGGGUGAAAAUGAGUUCAGCUUUAUGUCACUGGAUAAAUGCGUGGGAAAAAGUGACAAAAUCCAUACAGGGAUCGAUGUUGUGAUUGGGAAAUGAGUGUUGAAAUCAACUCCAGUUGUUUGCAGACUCUAUGACGCUAUGAUGCAGAAGGAAACACCCAAGAGUGAACUGAGGUUAUCACUCGUACAUUACUGUGUCAUUUUGAAACUCUUGUACUCAAAGUGGUUCAAGGAAAGUUUAGCUAUGUCAGCUUAACUUCAAAACAGCCCUUAAAAUUCCUCUAGCGUUUUUAUUGUUAUAUAUUUUUUUCUGACCUUGUACCCUAAUUGAACAAGAGUGGCUUUGCAUAUUUUAGCCCAUUAACUGCAAAUGGUGCAUACAUCACUGCUGACCAUUUUCCAUUAGUUUUGGGAUUGAUUUCCUACCUUCAGGGUAGCCAUCGGAUACAGUUCAUUUCAGUAACGCUUUGAAAAUCAACUUGCAGAGCCAGGUUUGAAAACUCUUCCAUGAGACUCAACACCCAAGACUUGACUCGACUGCCAAACCAAAACCGUUUUAAUAAACAGAAACAACAUAAUUCAUAUUAUCCUUUUCACAUCAUCCAUAAUUUCUCACCUUUGUCUUGUUUAGAUCAGGAGGUCAACAUUAAAAGCCAUUAGGAAUCAUCCUCUUAUGAGUAUCCAGAGCAGAUUUAAUGGAAAUGCAGGAAUUUGUUUUUGAGGUACUUUGUCAAAGACCAAAGUGUUGGUCAACGAGAAAUUUUGACUUGCUGGUGGUGCUGUUAAAAUAAGCAAAGGUCCUUAUGCUGAAUUGCAGGUGAUGUGUUUAAUAAGUUAAAACAAUAGAGGUAUGCAGCUGUGUGAUGGGUGUAACCUAAUGGGUGUAAUUUGCCUAACUUCACAGGUCUUUAGACCCCGGUGGAAACACAGACAACAAUGGGCUGAAGGAACUUUUUAGUUCCUUGAAAAGUAGUUCCUGGGAAUAAAAGUUCUGGGUACUUUGGUGGGAACGUGGCUUAAGUCUGGUUGUAUUCAGUAUUUUGUUAUUGUCAACAAAUCCCAGGAACAGACCCAAACCAACACGGAAUGUAUCUACUAACAAGUGUUGUUAUUUAAAGCCUGAUAUAUCUUCCUCCUCUGUGCCAUAGAGCUCC